AUGACAUCACAGACAUGCCAAGACGCUAGAGAGAAAGCGGGGACCUUGAAGGGAAGCAACCAUGGCGACGGGUAUGGAACAACAACGAUAUUGCGACAUGUUCAAUUCGACGCGCACAAUAAGGAGACUCAUAGUACGGAUGAGACCCAGAACUACGAUGCGUUAAUAGGGUGGGAUGAUCUCUUGCCCUGGCAGCGAGACAACGAGUUCAUACUCACAUCUCAUCGAAGAGCAACGUUCUCUUACCUUCAUUCACUCAAGAGCGUCUUCCAGGUCCACAAUGAGACAGUUAACAUAUGGUCACAUAUCCUGGGUACCGUUACCUUCUUUUUGGUCGCGGUCAUAUUCUACCUGUCUGCUCGUCGCGGUCGCCUAGAUAGAUACAGCAGGAGCGGCGACGAUGAAGCGGUCCACGUCUACUUUGUCUCUGUCAUAGUGUGUUUCUUUUUGUCUUUCUUACACCACAUCUUCCUCGAUCACAGCGAGAGUGUUCGUACCUGGACAGGCCGAUUCGAUUACCUUGGUAUUGUGAUACCACUGUAUGGUACGACGAUUGCCAGUACGCACUUCACUUUCAAUUACGAACCUGUACUACAGGAAGCCUACAGUAUCUUUGCUACUGUCGUGGGCCUUGCUUGCGCAGUCGCUACUCUGCACCCCUCCUUUUCUGGUCCUCAGUCUCGUCAUCUCCGCACGGCGCUUUAUCUCCUUUUGGGAGCGUCUUCUUUCCUUCCAAUAGCGCAUGGUAUCCAUCUCUAUGGCGUGGAAGAUAUGAACAGUAGGAUGAGCUUGGGCUACUAUCUUGGACUAGGCGUUUGUCAUGGUACCGGAGCUAUGUUGUACGCUGCGAGAGUGCCCGAGAGAUGGUACCCUAGGCGGUGCGACGUAGUUGGGAGUAGCCAUCAGCUUAUGCAUGUGCUGGUGGUGGGCGGCGCGGCACUCUACGGAUUGGGCGUGCAGAUGGCGAGGAAGUAUUGGGAAACGAGGGAAUGUGGUGCGUAG